AUGAGUGUCUCACUGCCUUCUCCUAUAUUUAAAGUAGGACUCACACCUGAUGAAAAGAAAUUAUACUCACAAUUGUUUAAAGCUUUGGACACUGAGUCUACUGGUAUUAUAACAGGAGAUAAAGCAAGAUCGACUUUUGAAAAAUCUGGUUUGCCACCUACGAUAUUGGGUGAGAUCUGGCAACUCGCUGAUCAAAACAACUUGGGCUUUUUAACUCAAUUCGGAUUUUGUUAUGCCAUGAGAUUAAUCGGCUAUACUCAAGCAGGUAACCAUCCUACUGCUGAGCUUGCGGAUUAUCCGGGACCAUUGCCCAAGUUUGCGAAUGCAAUUGCACCACUGACGGGCUCUUUACAACCUCAAUCUACAAGUAGCUCGUUCAUGCAAUCCCAACCGAGCUCUAUUAUCCCUCAAAACACAACGACUCUUCAAUCCCAGCCCCAGGGAUCAAUUAAAUCAGUAAACCCUUCUGACAUCCAAAAAUUUGGUGACUUAUUUAUCAAAACUGUUGGUUCUUCGCAAGGAAAACUUGACGGUUCUAAGGCAAGAGAUAUCUUUUUGAAAGCAAAAUUACCCACUUACACUUUGGGUCAGAUUUGGAGCUUAGUUGAUAGAGAUAAUUCAGGUCACUUGGACCUUGGAGCAUUCGUGAUUGCAAUGUAUUUGAUUCAGGGCUUGCUAGGAGGAACUAUCAAACAGUUACCUCCCUUCUUACCUGAGAGCCUUUGGCAAUCUGUCCAGCUUUCUAACACAUUUUCUGACAAGUCUCCUGGAUCGAGACAGACCUCCUACGGAUCUGUGAAUUCUCAACAGACCACGAUUAGGCGUCAAGCUUCGACUUCUGGAUCCUUUAUUCCUAAUCUGCAAGCUUCAAAAGAUUGGAUCGUAACUCCCACAAUGAAACAACAAUAUGCUUCUAUAUUUGCGAAUUUGGAUAAAUCUAAUACUGGGCAGUUAAGUCCUGAUCAAGUUGCUUCAUUCUUGAUGACUUCUAAAUUAGGUCAACAAGACUUAGCGACUAUAUGGGAUCUAUCAGAUAUUCAAAAUACAGGUAUUUUCUCUUUGUUAGAAUUUUCAAUAGCGUUGUUUUUGGUAAACAAGAAAUUGGCAGGUGAGGAACUUCCAAACAUUGUUCCUGAUUCUUUAAUAUCAUCUCUAAGGGAUGGUCAGCUACCAUCAUAUUCGAGUUCUGUUCAAAGUUCGAAGAAUGUGAUUCCACAACCUCUUGAGAAGCAAAAGACUGCUAUGGACGAUUUGGUUGACAUAUUUGGCACUUCAGAAAGCUCUGUUACAGCUCCUGCUAGGCCCUCAGCUCCUCAAACUCGAUCUUCGAGCAGUGACUUGACCUCUGCACCUUCCACGUCAAAAGGACUUUCGACUUUUAAACCAACAUCGAGCUUUGGACAGAGCUUGUUACAAAAUCAACCCUCUCCACAAAAGGAAAUCGAAAGAAUGAGUGCCCCCAAAGAAAUCGACGAGGAGCCUGAACCGAGUGCUCGCACCGUGCCCGUUCCCGUUCAAAAAAGGGAACUGAAGCAAAUUAAUUAUGAUGCCUUGAGAGCAGUACCUCCUCCAGUUGCUAAAAGGAAUAACAGCUCUUUAGAUAGACCUGAAAGCUCUGUUGAGUCAAUUCCAUCUUCCCAAUCGAUUGCCGAGAAACAGAAGACACCUGAGGCGGCAAAUGGCGACUUGUUGGCUGAUAAAGAAGUUUCGGGUCAAUUGUCUCAGGCAACAUCUGACAUAGCAAACAUAUCAAAUCAAAUUAAAUCCCUCACUACUCAAACCACUGGUUUACAAGAUAAGAAAUCAAAAGCUGAAAGCGAACUAUCUAAGAUUUUGAGUGUUAAGAAAGAAAUUGAUGCCAAAUUAAAACAACUAAGAUUGUCUUAUCAAAAUGAAGUUAAACAAGCUGAACAAGUGGAAGUCAACCUAGCUUCAGCCAAAGAAGAAACUGAAGCUUUGAGGUCUGAAGCUUCCAUUUCAGAAGCUAAAUUUCAUGCUUUGACUAGUGAGUUGAAUGAAAAACAGAUAGCAUUGGAAGAUUUACAAAAAGAAAACAGUUCCCUCAAGGAGAAAUUAGGAAAUAUGAGUGUCGAGACUAUUGAAAUCAAUAAAGAUUUAGAAAAUAUUAAUGAGCAACACGAGAAACUUAAAAAGCAAGUAUCUAUUAGGAAGUCACAAGUUCAAGCUUCCAUUGCAAAAUCCGAGCAGAUGAAAAGUAAAAUCAGCGAAUUAGAGACAGCUUUGGCACUGCUUAUAGAAGAAGAUAAGAACACACAGAUACAGCAAAACAAUCUAGAGGAGGAACAUAAAAAGUUGUCUAAAAGAGCAACUGAAUUAGAAGGAAUAAAGUCUGACUUUUCUGGAAAGAAAGCAUCGCUAGGUGUUGGUGCUGCUGUGGGCACUGCUGUGGCAGGUGGGUUAGGUUUAUUAGGUACUCACUCAUCCGAGGGAGACAAUAAUACAAGUGAUCUGAAAGCUACCAGUGAUAAGCCGAACUUGAACGUGUCGGCGUUGGUUGACGAAGUCAAAGAAAAGCCAAGUGCAGAUAUGACAGGUGUAGACGAUGUUAAUGAGACUAGCGAAGGAUAUGACUCCAAGUUACCAGUUGACGAGACAAAGGAGAAACUUCUGAAUUCGACAGUAAAUGAAAAUGUUAACAAUCCUACUGCUCCUUCCUCAGUGACUUCUGAUUAUAAAGCAAGUGAAGGCGAUACACCUGUGACCUCUCCAAGCACGUCUGAUUUUCAAUUUCCUCAAGACAAUAAUGCAGGAAUUGUUGGUGGUAUGGUCGGAAUGCCUGGAGUCUUGGUUGGUGUCCAGAGAACAGAUUCUUUAACUUCGAGCGUCCAAAAUAACGCCGCUUUAUCUGUACGUGAUGAUAAUAUUGAUGAUGUUGGUGACCAAGAGACUCUUGAAAAUGGUGAGCUGUCUAACCCAAAUAAAGCUAUUACGUCUAGUGCUGACACCGUAAGAUUAGGAGAAAACUUUAAAGUCCCUGACUCUAGUGCAGCCCAUCAGGAAGACUCCAGUGACGGAGACAAAUUAUCAUCGGGGGUUGAGUCAUUUGAGAUGGUUAACGCCGAUGAUGCUAGAGGGCAUGAAAACAGACAGAGCUUACAGGUUGAGAAUUUGGAACCAGAAGUCUCCAAGCCUCUUUCAAUCGACAACAAAAAAUUACCUGCUCUGAGCGUCAAUCUAUCUUCAGUAAAUGAAGAAUUCCCUCCUAUUAGAGAAUUGGAUGCAAACGAAAGUUCUUCUUUCGAAAAUGAUUCCCAAGACGAGAAGUUUGACGAUGCAGUUGACAGUUUGCCUACAGCAUCUAAUCUGAUGUUUGGAUCAUCUGAAAUACGCGAUAAGGAUGUUCAAACUAAGACAUCUGUAAACGAUUUUGAUAAUGCGUUCGAUGAUUUACAGCCGGCUACCCGUGAAGGUGCAAAAGCUGAGGCUGACGAUAUUUUUGAUGGCAAUUUUGAUGACUUAGAUAUUGCUAAAGAUGAAAGAAGUAACGAUGAUUUCGAAAACCAAGAGGGCUAUGGCUUUUCAGAUGAUUUCACGAAUACCCCCUUUGAGCAUCUAAGCGCUCGCCUGAAUGCUCCUGAUUUUUCGCAAGCUGACUCUACUUCUAAUAACAAUGACGAAUGGGAGCAGCUUUUUGCUGGCUUUGGAAACGGUGGUGCUUCGACCGUUACCCAGGAACCAGAGACACAAAAUAACCACCAGUCUCAGAAUAUUGCUAUAGAUGAAUUAAUGGGAAUGGGUUUUGACAAAGAAACUUCUCUCGAUGCCUUGAGGAAAAAUGAUUGGAAUAUAGAAGCAGCAACCAAUUUCUUGUUAGACAAUGCUUGA